UCCCUCCCUCCUCCUCCUCCUGCUACUCCUCCUCCCUCCUCCCUCCCCCCCUGUUCCGCCGCGCGAGAUGAGCGGUCUCGCCGAUCCCCCGUCCAGAAGUCCGCUUAUCCUCACUGCUAUCGAUGCGCCCGGCAAAACCCGCAAGAUUCCUGUCCUUGCCUCCUCCGUUCCUCCCUCCAGCCAGUCCACCGGUGAUCCCAUGGAGGUUACUCCUCCUGCCUCGGGCGCUGCGCCCCCCAUCCAUAGCAGUCCCGAUAGCGAUCGGGCGGGCGCAAGCAACACCACCGCCACCUCCAAUGGCUCUACUGAACCUUCCAAUGUGAACCACCAUGCCGCUCCCACUCAAGCCAUCGGUGCGGCUGCUGCUGCUCAGCAGCCAAAGGUCGUUCAGACGGCCUUUAUUCACAAGCUCUACAAGUACGUCGGAGGCCAUUUUUUGUCGUUCAUUCUUCCGUUUUGUUGCUUCCUUUCGAAUACCUCCCCCGUUCCCCUUACCCUUCACGGUAACGGGCUCGAGCUAACAACACUGUAUAGUAUGCUAGAGGAUCCCAGUAUUCAGCACCUCAUCUCGUGGUCGAGUACGAAUGACAGCUUCGUCAUGUCCCCGACUUCCGAAUUCUCUAAAGUCCUGGCUCAAUACUUCAAGCACACCAACAUUUCGUCCUUCGUCAGGCAGCUGAAUAUGUACGGAUUUCAUAAAGUGAGCGAUGUAUUCCACACCGGUUCGCCAGACUCCGCUCUGUGGGAGUUUAAACAUGGGAAUGGCAACUUCAAGCGCGGAGAUCUUGUGGGUUUGCGAGAGAUCAAGCGGCGCGCAUCCCGUCAUGCGUUGAUCCAUCGCGACUCAUUUCCUGGUCACAAGGCCGCCGCCUCCCAACCCGGCACCCCCGCUGAGCCAGUUCCCGAUGUCACCGAGUCCCGCUUGAUGAACCUGGAACACUCUAUGUAUGACUUGCAUGCUCGUCUACGGAACGCCGAAGAAGGAAAUGCGACCCUUAAUGCAAGAUGUCAAUCCAUGGCCGAGAGCUUAACCAGGUGUUAUCACUGGACUCACUCAAUUUCACGUUUCCUCCAAGGCAUGAUCCCCGAUCGCGAGAGCCUUCUGUAUCGAGACGUGGCCUCCAUGCAGGCGGAAUUGGAGAAGCACCUCGAGGCUGUACGGGCCCUGGAGCAACCUCCGGACCCAUACUUGGCCGUCCGACAACCCUACGUCACCGGCAUUUCUGGCGAUGCAGGUCCGCCGCUGUCGCCGCGCCAAAUGCCCCCGGAAGAGAGUCGCCGCCCAUCAAUGCUGGACCCCUCGAGGACCGGUAUGAUUCGGCCCCCUGUUCCCCCUCAUCUGGCCGUCUCUCCGCGGCGGUACGGGUCAAUUGGCGCUGGAAAUUCUUCCCCCAGCUACAACCGUCCGCAAGUGCCAGCGGUCGUCACUCCGCAGCAACCUAUGCCUCAUCCUCUUUCGUCCGUAUCCUCUCCGCCUGGGCCCAAUCUUGCGCGCCGGCACACUUCGGCGGACAUCAGACAGCAUGGCUGGCCGCCACCGGGAGUGUCGCCAUUCCCUUCCGCACACCCCCCGCAGCCAACGAACCCCUGGUCUCCCUCUCGACACCGGACGCCGACGUCAAGUGAACAAUCGGUCCGAGAUGUGUUAGCCCAGUAUGAAAUGGGUGCACCGCGGCGUCUGCAGGAACAUCGACACCCAACUCCCCCUUUGCACCCCGAUCAGAACCCCCCAACCGAUAAUGGCUGGUCUUUGGGACCUAGAUUCCCUCGACACGAAUCGUCCUUGCCAGCAACUCGACGUUCCAGCAUGGCCAGCAAUGUUCAUUCGCUUCUGAACCCGGCUGAUACCGCUGAAAGGCCGGACGAAGACCAGCAUGCUAUGGCCGACGAUCGGAAACGGAAGCGAUUGGAAUAAACUCAACUUCAUCAUUAUUACUUGCUUCAUUCAUAUCCUUGAUCCGGGGAUUCUCGCAGGAGCAUUGCUUGGCGCUGAUAUUCGGGACCCUACCGGAAUCGGAGCUAUAGACUUCUUGUUCUUCGGGGCGCACGUUUUCUUUUUUUUAUAUUUGGAAAGGGGUAAAGGAAAAGCAUAUCACCAGGAGAAACUCCCUCUCAGCCUUCAUUUCUGGACUGGUAUUGCAUCUUGUG